AUGGGGAAUACGCCUGGAGGUUUGGAAGGCCAGCCAGGCAGAGAUGGCACUCCAGGAUCCACCGGCCCUCACAAGCCAACACGGGCCAAGCUCCCCAUGCCACCUGAGGAGGAGCUGGAGGAGCGCUUCAAUGCACUUCUGAACACCAUGAAUCUUCCUCCGGACAAGGUGAAGAUCUUGAGCGUGUACGACAGUGAGAAGAAGUGGGAUCUGAUCUGUGACCAUGAGCGAGUUCAGGUCAAGAAUCCUCCAUCUACAUAUUUGGACAAACUCAGGAGUAAUCUGGACCAUGGAGGGGUCAGCCGUAAGUUUAAACGGCGUGUCCCGGAGUCCACGCAGGUGCUGAGAGAGCUGGAGAUCUCCCUCAGGACAAAUCACAUCGGUUGGGCUCAGGAGUUUCUGAACGAGGAGAACCAGGGUCUGGAUGUGUUGGUGGAGUACCUGUCUCACGCCCACAGUGCUGCUAUGUGCGAUGGAGAUGCUCUGGACAAUGGCGCGGUCUCCACAGAGAAAGUGAAAUCGGUCGAUAAGUCGGUGGAAGAUCUGAGCAGAAGUGCCACAAACUCACCCUCUCACACAUCCUCAAAGGCCAACAAAGGCUUCACAGUUAGGAAAGCCCUGAGGACGUCCCGGGUGGUGAGCCAGAAGGACGACACGCACCUGUGCAUCAUGUGUUUACGUGCCAUCAUGAACUACCAGUCGGGCUUUAACCUGGUGAUGACUCAUCCCUGCUGCGUGAAUGAGAUCACCCUGAGCCUCAACAACAGGAACCCCCGAACCAAAGCGCUGGUGCUGGAGCUGCUGGCGGCUGUCUGUCUCGUGAGGGGAGGACAUGACAUCAUCCUGUCCGCUUUUGACAACUUUAAGGAGGUUUGUGGCGAGAAAAGAAGAUUCGAGAAGCUCAUGGAGUUCUUCUACAACGAGGACAACAACAUAGAUUUCAUGGUGGCGUGUAUGCAGUUCAUUAACAUUGUGGUGCACUCUGUGGAGAACAUGAACUUCAGAGUGCAUCUGCAGCAUGAGUUCACGCACCACGGUCUGGACGAACACCUGGAGCAGUCCCUGAAGUUCACGGAGAGUGACCGGCUGCAGGUUCAGAUUCAGGCCUAUCUGGACAAUGUGUUUGACGUGGGAGCGCUGCUGGAGGACGCAGAGACUAAGAACGCUCUGCUGGAGCACAUGGAGGAGCUACAGGAGCACAACACACAGCUAAAUACAAGGUUGCAAGAAAACGAAAAGGAAUCUGCAGAGAAAGUGUCGGAUCUGGAAAAGAAACUGAUUCAAGCGACUAAAGAAGUGGAGCUGCUGAAGGAAAGCCUCCGCGAGUCGUGCGCUCAGGUCAGUGCGCUGCAGCGGCAAGAGCGAGAGCGAGAGCUGGAGCGAGAACGUGAGCGAGAAGUGGAGAGAGACAAAGAGAGGAGCCUCCAGGUGCUACGGGAGCUGGAGCUCAGGGUCCAGGCUCUGGUCGACCAGGGUCUCCUCAGGAUGGAGCGCUCUACAUCGGGUCAACUGGACAUCCACGUGGUCCCUGCUGUCCCUACUGUCCCUGCUGUCCCUGCUGUCCCUACUGCCCUGCAAGUUGAAGAUGAGCCAGAUGCAGGCGGCGUCACAGCGGUACCAACACAACAGGAAGUGGCUGUUCCAGAAAAGAUCCAACCCUCUCCUGCUCCUCCUCCUCCUCCUCCACCUCCUCCACCACCUCCUCCUCCUCCUUCCUCUGCUCCAGGAUCCCCCCCAGCACCUCCUCCACCACCCACAGCCCCUCCAGCCCCACAGCUGCCCCCUGCUGGAGGAGCUCUGCCAACAGCCUCUAAGAAGAAGAGGACAAUCCAGACAAAGUACCGCUUGCCGUUGUUCAACUGGCAGGAGCUCAAGUCCAACCAAGUGACAGGAACCAUCUUCAACGAGCUGGACGACGACCGCGUUCUCGAGGAGCUGAACAUGGCAGCCUUUGAAGAGCAGUUCAAGACCAAAGCCCAGGCUGCCCCUGCAGAGAUUGGCACCAUGAGGAUAAAAAUGGCCCAUAAGACUCCCAGCAAAGUGUGUUUAAUGGAACCAAACCGGGCCAAGAACCUGGCUAUUACUCUACGAAAGGAGGGCAUGGCGGCGUCAGACAUCUGCUGUGCCAUAGAGACUUACAACCAGAAAGCCCUGAGUCUGGAUUUCCUGGAGCUGUUGGAGAGAUUCAUUCCCACCGAGUACGAGAUGAAGCUCAUUCACAACUACGAGUGUGAGGGCAGGCCGCUGGACGAGCUGAGCGAGGAGGACCGCUUUAUGGUGCGAUUCGGAAAGAUCCCCCGCCUGGCCCAGCGCAUCAGCACGCUCACCUUUAUGGGCAAUUUCACCGACUUUGUCCAGCUCAUUCAGCUGCAACUUGAUGCUUUGAUCGCUGCGUCGAUGUCGAUAAAAUCAUCGAUAAAACUCAAGAAGAUUUUAGAGAUCAUUUUAGCGUUUGGAAACUACAUGAACAGCGGUAAACGUGGAGCGGCGUACGGCUUCCGACUGCAGAGCUUGGACUUGCUUUUAGAAACCAAAUCCACAGAUCGCAGACAGACUUUGCUUCACUUCAUCGUCAACACCAUUAAGGAGAAGUAUCCGGCGCUUCACUCGUUUCACACAGAGCUGCACUUCCUGGACAAGGCGGCGAUGGUGUCUCUGGACAGUGUUCUGCAGGACGUGCGCGCUCUGGAGCGGGGCAUGGACGGGACCAGGAGGGAGAUCUCUGUGGAGGACGACAGCCCCGUCCUCAAAUCAUUUGUCCAAAGUAACUCCAGCCUCCUGGAUUCUGUCGUCACAGACGGCAAAAAGGCACAGGACGUGUAUGACUCGGCAGUGGAGUAUUUUGGAGAAAACCCCAAAACGAUGCCUCCAGCCAUGUUCUUUCCUGUUUUCGUGCGCUUCAUCAAGGCGUACAAGCAAGCGGAGCAGGAGAACGAGGAGCGAAAGAGGAAAGUCACCUGUGAUCCUCCGCUAACCUCCCCUAAACCCGACAUCAACAAGGUGUCCACGAUGCCAAAGCUGCCUCAGAUGGACCUGAUCGCGGAGCUGAAGAAGCGACAGACCACUUCUUUAGUGAGAGAGGGAAAAGACGGAGCCAUCGAGGACAUUAUCACAGCUCUUAAGUCCGUGCCCUUCACGGCUCGCUCUGGCAAACAUCUGAGGAACCAGCCGUACAGGAGGGCGGACGGGGGCCGCCGCAGCGCCAAGUGGAAGCCAGGACAACACCUGCAAGUGUCCUCAGACAUCUCACUCUGA